UGAAAGACUACAGUCAGACGCGCUUGUCGCACAACCUGGAGUAUCUACUCCGACAUACCACAGUCUGUUUUGGAGCUUGGCGCCCUCCGGGGUCAGAAUGAAAUCGCUGACCUCGCGGACAGCAGAGUUAGUGAUGUACUCCCCACGCAGGGCUCCGCCGUCACCCUCUCCACCGAGCGCAGCGAAGACAAGCUGUCUGCUGCCCACUUCGGUCUUGUGUGCGACCAGGAGCUUCAUGAGAGUCAGCAUGAACACGGCUGCGGCACCGGAGGUGUGGCGCAGAAUCUCGCUGUGGCAGAAGCCAGGGUUGACGGUGUCGAUGACGACUGGCGUCGAGGAAGGCAAGCGGUCGUUGAAGGCCCGGACGAAGAAGACGUUGAGGACUGGAGGUUGUUCAGACGCGGGUCGGAGCGGAAAGCAACAUCCGUACGUUUGGUGAUGAAGUAUCGAUCCGACAUGCGCUUCGGACUUGAGAUGCAGUGAGGUGACAGAAACGAGGUGCGGCUACGCAACGCGCCUGGAGCAGUACUCAACCCCACCCAGAACGGACAAUGGGGACGGACUCUCCGCAACCUCUUUGGAGAUCUUGGCCCAGUAGUGGACCUC